CAAGACAUUUCGUUACAGGAAGGUCGCAUAUGGAAUUAUUAAGAUGACCCAAAUUUUCAGAAGGGAGAAAAGAUGAGCCGGCCAUUCUUCUCUUUCAAAUUCGCCUUCUUCUUCUCCCUUUCUCUUGCCGCUUCAUACACUGUCACUUCAACCCCAACAUUUUACUCCUUUCGUAAGAUCAAACUACGUGCCUCCCCGUCCGUACCCAAGGCCUCAGUCGCCGAUUUGCUCGCUCUGUUAGGCCCACCUCAACAAGCCUUAGCUGUUAACUCUCAAGAGGCGCGUCAGCUACGUUCUUGCUUCAAAUUCCUAGUUCCUUUUUCUCCCACUCCGAAUAGACGCUCGUUGAGUGAUGAUCCAAGGAGUAUAAACGAACAGAAUGAGCUUAUUUGGUGGCCGCCGGCGCCGGUAAUGGAGCUUGCUCGGAUCGCUGUUGAUUCUGGUGGUGAUACUGCGUCUGUUCAAAGGACUCUUGAUCCAACAGUCAUCCCUGUUCCUGACAUUGAAGGAUCAAAGGAAGACCGAUGUGAACUUACCAGAACUCCUUAUGGGAGACAGUUUAUUAAUGAGGAGAUAAAUUCAUACCUCGAAUCUUUGUUUGAAAUGAUUGUUGCUCGGGGACCCAGUGUUGGGCUGAAUGUAUCAUUGUCGCGCUUUGAUUUCUUUCAUGGUCAUGUCUUUCUUUCCAGAGACUCUGGAAGACUUGGGAUCUUGUUCCAUGCUAAGGAGUAUCCAGCAUAUGAUAAGGAAGUUUUUCCUUGCAACAUGGGCUACUGCCAAAUAGGAACUAAUGUUUCUUAUGAUGAUUCAAUGAAUUUGCGUAACAUAUUGUGGCUAGCUCCAUUAGCUAGCAACUCCUCAAAUGAAUGGUUAGCACCAGUUAAUAGCUGCAGAAAUGCAACUAUAGUUUGGAGUUUAAUUACCAAGAUUCUUGAGAAAUUUAUGGGGCUGUUAGUGAACACUGUUCUGGCAUGUAUCACUGGGAUGAGAGCUUUCACACAUCAACUCAGAUUUCAUCUUGAUUCUUGAUAUUCCCCUUUGAGAAACAAACUCACUGUGAGGAACUUCCUUUGGCUUUAUUAUUUAAUAGUAAUACCUUCGAGUUGUCUUUGGAUAAAGUAGUGUAAAUUGUGACAUGAUGCUGUUGAAUUUCUAAAGAAAGGUGAUCUUGUUGCUACAACUAAGGUAGGGGUAAGGUCUGCGUACAUCCCACCUCCCCAGACCCCACUUGUAGGAUUACACUGGUAAGUUGUUAUCUUUAUUAGUUGAGUUCCACCGUCCACGUCUUUAGCUUUCCCUUAUGUUUGUCCAUGUUUCUCAAGUAUCAUUUCGCAGUAUCUUGACAAUAUUCUCCAACUCUGAAGCCACAUAGAGCAGAGAAACAAGUUGGCUGUUAAAUACUUGUCUUUGUAAAUAAUUAUAAACUGAACAUGGUUUGUCUUCAAGAAAAUAGAGUCACUUUAUUAAUACAGUAAGGUGCUAGAUUGCUAAAAGUUGUGAGAGAUAUUAUGGAACAAAAAAUAAGUUGUCAUGAAUAUGUUAUUGUCAUCGGUUUCUUAAAGAAAUAUGUAUCCUUGAGUUUAGCUCCUAAACUAACUUGUUUCUGUGGAUCCCUUCCACAAAUUCUGGAUCCCUUCCACAAAUUCACGUUAUUAAUUUCCUGUUGUUUUGAUGACAUGUUGGUAGAAGUUCUUUCCAACUCUCUGGACCAGCAGUGAAGUGUCUUCCUGUUUAAAGACAUGGUUGACACUUCAUUCAAUUUGUCUUGUAAUGUUAGUAAAAGUUUAGUCGUAACAAGUUUGUGUAACUUUUUGAUUUGUGGACAAUCAAUGAGAUCUUCAAUGACUUAGAUAAAAGCCCCUGCCUAUUGGGCUGUAUGACAAUCACUUUUUUUUCUGGUGAGUGACAGUUUAGUACUCUUGAGGGGAGGGGCUAGGGAGAUGGGAAAUGAGUAUCAUUUUGAAAAAGGUUUUCAUUUUUUUGGGCUUCAAAUAAAACACUGCUCAAUUGACUUAAAAAUACCUAGUACAAGCUACAAAAUGACAAAUCCAAUCUAUUAGGAUAACUGUGAACAUCCUGAUGAUCUGUAGGAAUGAAUUAAUUAGGAAGAGAUAGAGAGAGGAACCAAUUUUCACUCGCAGAUAAAAAAGGUUACAAUAAAGAAUGUAUCU